GUUUUCGUCUGAUUUUUGUACGACAAACAGAACCUUUCGGUAGCAACAACACGGAGAAACUCAAAAGUAAAAACUCGCAGUACACAGGGGGUGACUUUUGUCAGCUAAUCCAAGAUGAAGCGCCCUAAACCAGGAGAAACUGAAGAUGAUUUGCUGAGACAGCAGGAAGAUUUCAUUUCACGUCAGCAGACUGCGUCAGCCACUGUUGUCAAGCGAGGGGAUAAACGUAAGACGACCACAGAGAAAGGACGGGGAGACACCAAGAAGGUCACAGUGGAGAAGGAUGUGGUGCAACUUCCAGGAUUGUCGAUGACGUCUACGAUGUUUGAACCAUCAAUUCAUCCUCAGAAGAAAAAAUCACGAUUUAAAGAACAAACAGCAACGACUGGAGGUUCUCAGAGAGUGACCUUUGACCUUGAGGAUGAUGAAGACCCAGAAGAAGCAAUGGACAGGCGUGAUACUCACGUAACAUCUGUCUUAUCUAAAAUCAUGGAACGUGAAGCAAAUCCAUCCCCGAGAUUUCUUCCUAAAACUACAAAUCAGGGGUUUCCCACUGCGCCGCACAGGGGUACGACUCCCCGACAACAGCCAGCAUCUCAGGGUGGUACAAAAGCAAACAAGAAACAGAGUUUAUUCGCCCAGCAAUUUGAGAGCUCAUCUCCGUCUAGCUUUGGUGUUAAUACCCCUAGUCUAUUAACUCCAUCCAUGGGACCAGACACCAGGAGUAAACACGAUCCUCAAGGCAUCAGUGAAGCUGAUUCAGUUGAAGAGUCUGUAGAGUCAAGUCAACCAUCAAGCAGUCUCACUGAUGAUAGGAUAGGGAUUCAUCAAGAGAAUUUGAGCAAACUUUCAGAAAUGACGGAGGCAGAUAUACUUGAAGAACAGAAGAAAUUAAAAGCAAUGCUUGAUCCUAGCUUGCUAUCAUUCAUGCAGUCAAGAAAUACUCCCAAAUCAGUUGCAUCAAAACCAGACCAGAAAAAUUACACUGACAUGUGUGACACAUCAGAACCUAUGGACAUCGAACCGACAAACCAAGAAAACUGUGGAAGCCAAGGAUCUGCAGAUAGAAAAGUUGUAUCUGAACCAGUUUCUGACAUCAAGGACUCUGAUAGAAUGGAAGCAAGUUCAGGGCAGAGUGUGAAAGCCCGCGUCACCAUCAAGGAAGACUGGGUCCACAUGGAUAAGACUGAGCCAGAGAAACUGGAAUGGAUGAAGGAUCUACCAAAGCCAUCUGCAAAAUCCAAAGAAGGAUCCCAAGCUAGAUUUGACUUCAAUGGACGUCUGAUAGCUAGAGAUGCUGAUAUAUCAGUUAGGACAGGAUUACAUCAUCAUGGUGAUGAACAAGAGGUACCAGGUUAUUCUCUGGAGGAAUUGUUUACAUUAUCACGCAGUGCCGUCACUCAGCAACAAGUUCUUGCAUUGCAGACUCUAGCAAGAAUUAUCUACAAUUGUCGACUGAAGCAACUAGGGGGAGAACUCUUGGAGCCCUUGCUUCCCCAGCUCUUGAAGUCUGGUAUACUAUUUCUCUUAAGAUGGUCGUUGGACAGCGUCAAUGAAGGAGUUAUAGCUUCAACCAUGGAGGCCUUAGCAGCACUACUUAUACAGCCUGGAGAUGAGGGUACAUUGGAUCGUGUAUUUAGUUGGCAUCGUGGUAUGGAGGUUCCUCCAAUGCUUCCAAUUUCAUCAGAUGAUGAUACUGAAGAUGUAACUGAAGAAGGAGAAGAGAUUCAGGAGAAAGAUCGAUCGGAUCCUCACAUUGCGGAGAAAGAUGCUAUCAAGGGUUUGUUACGAAUGACACUUCUUCCCAGGCUUCGCUACAUUCUUGAAGUAGUCCGACCCCCAGCCCCUGUCGUCUUGCACACCUUAGCAAUCUUGAUAAGGAUAUGUCGUCAUUCUCAAGAAGCAUCUCAUCAAGUAAUGAGAUGUCCUCGUCUUCUUCAAACCAUCUUUACUGAGUUCCUUCCCAUGUCAUCUUGGAAACAACAAGUCUUAGAUGAUGUCAUCAGUGAUGUGUAUGGCUAUCCAGUGGUUUCAGCAAUGAAGUUAAUUCAUGUACUCUGCUUGUCUGGAAGGAAUAUUACUGCCUCAUUACUUUCAGGUGGUAAGUUGAUGUCUGUGAUUAUGCGUUAUAUCACCAUAGAGCCAGCUGAUAUGCAACUGAACAUCGCUGAGGCAUAUCAUCUCAGUACAAUCAGUCUUCAUACAUGGAGGAUAUGUGUGUCUUAUGGAUUGGCAUGCGAUGAAUACAGGGAGCUUUAUCCAUUGUUAAUGCAACAACUUCAGCUGUUCCAGAGAUUAUCUGUCCACCCUUUGGCAUCUACUGAAGAAGAAUCCGAUGUUGCUGUACAUAGAUUGCAGAUGACCAGAGCCUGUGCCCUCUUUGGUCUAUUGGAGGGAGUAGUGAAUGUUGCUGGAACAGCCACUGAGUUGCAGGCUAAAUUGAAAAUGAGUAACGAUAAGACAGAGACUGCAUCUUCUGAUGCCCAGCCUGUACCUCCUUGCAUCAGUUGGAGUCAUGUGAGUGGUCUUCAGUCACCAGUUGAGCUUUGUGUCUUCAGGUGGUUGGUUGAAUUGACGAGCAUAACUCGGACUUUAAAUCCUGAGGUGAUGGACAUGGUGUCUUGCCUCAUGAACCUCUUGGCGUCAUUCUACGAUAAAUACACUCAACAGGCUUGUUACCGGCCAGUAGAUUGUUUGCAGACUAUAGAGAAGCUGGUUCAUACUUCACUGGUUCCCUUCAUGACGUCAGCAACGUUUUACUCAGUCAUGGUGAACCUCAAGUUUCAGUCAUCGCUGCGAUAUGAAGACAAUAAGAAAUCGAUAUAUCCAUCAUCGUUACCCGACUUUGGUUGUGAUCCGUCUGAUGCAGAUAGUAAUUAUCCAUCAGUGCGGAUUGAUUCAACGUGUGGGUUAGCGAUUGGUCUGCUGAGAUUGGUGCAUAUCCUUCUUAAGAUUCAUAAAGGUGUAGCUGUUAAGUUUUGUCCCAUUGUUGAGAACACGUAUGUCACAGCAUAUCUGAAAGCAAUCUGCAAGAGUUCUAACAAGCCCUCGUCAAGACUGUGUUUCAACUUUGCAAGAUUUGAACAUCAGGCUCUGCAUUAUCUCUUGAGACUCUACCAUAGUGUGGCUCAACAAGCAGAAAGCUGUCAUCAGUUCAGCAAUGUAUACCACAGUGCUGCACUAACCGUGUUUGCUCGUUUACUGCCAGGGGAUGAAUAUUAUGUCCAGGAGCUUAUGUCAAGCAUCUUGUUCAACACAGACUUCAUCGCCGAGGGAAGGAUUGGAGAUCCUAUCGCUGUUGAUCUAGCUGAGCGUCUUCAGAUGACCUCAUCUAAAGAUUCCCAAAUCCCAAGCCUUCUUCAGGCUGGACCAACCCGUGGGGAGCUUCUUGAGGAUGCAUAUAAGCAUUUACCAAGCAUACGGAACCUGUACAUGGUGUUCUUUGGGUCCGGGCAGGACACAAUCCUUAAAUCAAAAUCCAAAUGUAUACAUCAGCCCCAUGAGAUUGAUACAUACAUUCAGCCUGCAUUCACUGGUCCCCUGCUACCAGUUGAUUGGAUGUUUCUACCACUCCUUCAUUUGCAUACAGAAGCACAGAAAGCUGAGCUUCAUGGAAAAUCAGUCAAGGCUCUUCCUUCACAUAUCCUGAGUGCUUUAGUGGAUACUCUUAGAUGGAUCUUCAUGGUGGAAACAUGGAGACCUAAAUGUCUAAAGAUGGUACCUCAGACAGCCAAGAUUGCUCGCAUCUUUUGUGUCUUCCUCAUAGGGAGUGACCUGUUUCUGGAAGACACAGUGCGUCAGUAUCUUAACCCACUGCUGAGACUCUACACAAAGCCAGAGUAUCUCAAACUUCUUGACUUUGAUGCUCCUGUGCCUGGAGUAACAUCCUUCUAUGAUCUCUUUAUGGAGUUACUGACGCAAUAUGAAGCUGUGUCAUUUGGAGAUGCACUAUUUGCCCAUUACAUACUACUCCCACUACAGCAGAGAUUCGACCUAGGGAUACGUAAGGGUCUGUGGGGUGAACACGCUGCUGUACUCCGCUCUCUGGGCCUACCAAUAGCACAGCUCAUCUUGCCGAUAGAUAACUUUCUUCAUCCUGAAGAAACCAACCCGGAUCUUCUCAGCAUCUACAUGAGCUCUCUAAUCAGUGGUGUGAUCAAACAAACAUGGUCCCCAAUCAUGUACCUUGUGGCACUGCAUCAUCUCAACGUAUUCCUCUUCAGCCAAACCGGUUCAGACCAGAUUGAAGCGGUUCGAACCAGAUUGAGGCUACUCAGGCUUGUUAUGGCUUGCAAAGAUCAGGUGUUACUACACCACAUAACAUGUUACCAAGGAGUAGAUCUUUCAUCCCCUCUUGGCUUCAGUCUGUAUCCAUCCAUUCCUUCAGAUCGAUCUUCCAUCUUACAAGCAGCUCAGAAGAGAUAGCGAGCAACUGUCACUAUUCUGGUAAGUUCUGCUC